GUAUUUCAGGGUGUUAGAGUCAGUUACUAUGGGGAUGUCUCUGGUGCUGGGGGUGUAAAUGCUUUAGUGAGUUCAGGGGUGUGAUGAUGGCUGACUCCAAGGCUCUGAGGAAUGUGGCUGGCUGGGGACAGGCCAAGAUGGUGGCUGGUCUCAGGGUGUUCGGGGAUAUGAUAGUGUGUCUUCAGGUGUGAGACUGUCCCUACUUCUCAGGGCAGGAGGUGAGGCUGCAGCUGUGUGUCCACAGGUGUGUCCCUCACCACAUCCUGAAGCAGGACCUCCUAGUAGGAGAGCCCCCUGGUCACUGGGCCUCGUCCUCCUCCCCUCCAGGGAUAUGACUCCCUGCUGCCCUGGCCUGGGCUUUAAGCUCCUGUGUAAAUAGUGGGCGGGUCUCCUGGCCUGGCUGGGCCUGACCCAAACUAGUCCACCUAAGGCAGUGCCCACCACCACCCACCCGACAUCCAUGAAGGCUCUGGCAGGGCAAAGGAGAUCUGCUGCCCCCACAAGGGCUAGCCCCCCAACCUCGCGGCCCCCAUGGGCGUAGCGGCACCCCCUGCAGCCGCCCCAGCCGGCCCCUGGCGACGCUCACAUUUUCCAGUGUUUAGAUUUUAUCCACUUUAUUAAUGAGGCAGGCGAGAGGCCCAAGCCUGGGGGGAAGGGGGGUGCUCCUGCCCUACCAAGAGGAGAGGGUCACGGGGGGGCCCAGGACAGAUCCAUGGGAGCCCCCCUUCCUCAUAAGGGGAGCUGGGGCCCAGAGUGACCCCUACCCAUUGCCAGAAGUGCAGAGAGUGGGGGUCUCUGCCCUCCCCAGGCCCCUCAAUGGGCUGGUGCUGGGUGGAGCAGCCCCUGGAGGCCUGAGUGGGCAGCCAGAGGAGGCAGGGAGCCCAGCGAGGAGCCGCCCCUGUAGGAAGGGAGGGAGGGAGCGGCCUGCCGGAGAGCUGGAGCGCAGCGGACAGCGGGGACUGAGAAGCAGGCGAUGGGGACCUGGUGUUCCAGGCACCACCAGCCCCACCCCCGGCACCUGACAUGAACCCCUACGGGCCCCUCAACCUGAGCCUGGUGGGCGAGGCGACCACGUGUAUUGCACCUGUGGCCCCCAACGCAUCCACUGGGCCACCGCCGGGCAUCGGGGGCGCAUCACCAGCGCUGCCCAUCUUCUCCAUGACGCUGGGUGCGGUGUCCAAUUUGCUGGCACUGGCGCUGCUUGCUCAGGCCUUGGGUCGCAUGCGGCGCCGCCGCUCGGCGGCCACCUUCCUGCUGUUCGUCGCCAGCCUGCUGGCCACCGACCUGGCUGGCCAUGUGAUCCCGGGGGCACUGGUGCUGCGCCUGUACGCCGCGGGGCGCCCGCCGGCCGGAGGCGCCUGCCACUUUCUGGGUGGCUGCAUGGUCUUCUUUGGCCUGUGCCCACUGCUGCUGGGCUGUGGCAUGGCGGUGGAGCGCUGUGUGGGGGUGACGCGGCCCCUGCUGCACGCCUCGCACGUCUCGGUGGCCCGCGCUCGCCUUGUGCUGGCCGCGCUGGCCGCCGUGGCCUUGGCCGUGGCUCUGCUGCCCCUGGUGCGUGUGGGCCGCUACGAGCUGCAGUACCCCGGCACGUGGUGCUUCAUCGGCCUGGGCCCGGCGGGCGGCUGGGGCCAGGCACUGCUCGCCGGCCUUUUCGCCGGCCUCGGCCUGGCCGCGCUGCUCGCCGCGCUCGUGUGCAACACGCUCAGCGGCCUGGCCCUGCUCCGCGCCCGCUGGCGACGCCGCUCGCGACCGCCAUCCCGGACCUCAGGCCCCGACAGCCGCAGGCGAUGGGGUGGGCGCGGACUCCGCUCGGCCUCCGCCUCCUCCGCCUCCUCCGUCGCUUCGGCCUCCGCUGCCCCCAGCGGCAUCCUGGGCCGUGGCUCAACGCGUAGAGCCCGCGCCCACGACGUGGAGAUGGUGGGCCAGCUCGUGGGCAUCAUGGUGGUGUCGUGCAUCUGCUGGAGCCCGCUGCUGGUGUUGGUGGUAUUGGCCGUUGGGGGCUGGGGCUCCAGCUCCCUGCAGAGGCCGCUGUUUAUGGCCGUGCGCCUCGCCUCGUGGAACCAGAUCCUGGACCCCUGGGUGUAUAUCCUCCUGCGCCAAGCCGUGCUGCGCCAACUGCUUCGCCUCCUGCCCCGGAGGCCCGGCGCCAAGGGCAGCCCCGCGCUGGGUCUAACCAGAAGCACCUGGGAGGCCAGCUCGCUGCGCAGCUCCCGGCACAGUGGCCUCAGCCACUUCUAGGCACACCCGGAGGCCCAGCAACUAAGCCAGACCACUCCAUGCCGGGCAAGGUCCGCAGCGCGGAGCCUUCGAGGAAUAAAGCCAUUUUUCGGACCA